AUGUACAAUCGAGGGAAACUGACGCCCAAAAAGUUCUGGAAGAAGCCGGAGGUCAGUCUGGUGUUCUGGAAUCGUGUGCAGGAGCGUCUCGAUGACAUCUACUACCUGCCACUUGCAAAUGGCAGCGAGGCCCCUCAAGACUUUCGGGGAAUCCCACGUUGGCUGAAUCGCACAAGUCCCUGCAAGCCGGACAGCAGGGUGACGACAGAGAUUGAAGACUUUAAGUCCCUACCGCAGCGAUUCCAGGACUUCUUGUUGUACAUGGGAUGUAGGUCGUACCCCUUGAUAACGGACGCACCCAACGUGUGUUCUGAAACGCCGUACCUCUGGAAACUGACGCCCAAAAAGUUCUGGAAGAAACCGGAGGUCAGUCUGGUGUUCUGGAAUCGUGUGCAGGAGCGUCUCGAUGACAUCUACUACCUGCCACUUGCAAAUGGCAGCGAGGCCCCUCAAGACUUUCGGGGAAUCCCACGUUGGCUGAAUCGCACAAGUCCCUGCAAGCCGGACAGCAGGGUGACGACAGAGAUUGAAGACUUUAAGUCCCUACCGCAGCGAUUCCAGGACUUCUUGUUGUACAUGGGAUGUAGGUCGUACCCCUUGAUAACGGACGCACCCAACGUGUGUUCUGAAACGCCGUACCUCUUGCUUGCAGUGAAGUCCAUUGCGGCACAUUUCGACCGACGGCAGGCAAUCCGGGAAUCAUGGGGCCGCGCUGGGAUCCUCGACGGCCGGCGCAUUGCGACGGUGUUCCUACUUGGCAGCACGGCAGCGACGGACCACUUCCCGAACUUGUCGGACAUGGUCAAGCACGAAGCGGCGUUGUACGGCGACGUCCUGCAGUGGGAUUAUCGAGACUCGUUCUUCAAUCUCACCUUAAAGGAAGUCCUCUUUCUGGAGUGGUUUGGGACUCAUUGCGCUUCUGCCAAGUAUGUGUUCAAAGGCGACGACGAUGUUUUCGUCAAUACGCGGCAUAUGCUGGCUUACCUGGGCAACUUUUCUGUGUCCAAGACACAGGACCUUUUUGUUGGCGAUGUGAUCACCAAUGCUGGACCACACCGGACCAAACACCUGAAGUAUUACAUCCCCGAGAGCGUGUUUCGAGGAGUUUACCCACCGUACGCCGGAGGCGGAGGCUACCUGUAUUCUGGGAAUCUGGGGCUGCGGUUAAGAACGAUCUCGCGUCUGGUCACGUUGUACCCAAUAGACGACGUCUACACUGGGAUGUGUCUGAAGAGACUGGGACUAGUACCGGAGAAACACAUGGGCUUUAAGACCUUUGACAUUGAGGAGAAGCACAGAGAGAAUCCUUGUGCUUACAAAAGGCUGAUUCUGGUCCAUCCCAGGAGCCCCCAGGACAUGAUAAAGAUCUGGUCUUGGAUUAAUGACCCAAAAGCGAAAUGUUACAUCGUAAAUACACCGCAAGCGAAGGGCGCAAAGCGACGCAACAGAAGCAAAUAG